AUGGCUGCACAAGAGCCAUCACCACCAUCUUCACUGGAAGGCAACAAACCAGGGUUUCCUAAGAAAAUUUUGGCGAACAACCUCGAAGAAAAACACAUGUGUAAUUCUUGUUUGAAAAUAUUGAGAAGGCCUCUACAAGCCCAAUGUGGCCAUCGUUUUUGUUCAUUCUGUUUCAACAAAAUUGUUAGUUCUGGACCACAUAAAUGCAGUGCUUGCGUCAAAGAGGACUUGUUUGAGGACCCCACAUCUAUUCUUAAUGAAGGCGGUGCUUUUCCUGACAAUGCAGCGCGGAGAGAAGUCGAAGCAUUGGCAGCUGUUUGUCCAAAUGAAGGAUGCACUUGGACGGGCAAUAUCAAAGAAUAUGAGGUGAACCACGAGGGAAAGUGUGACUUCAUGAUCAUUCUCUGUCCCUCCUGUAAAGAACUCAUGAGAACCAAUGAGCUGGAGCGCCACAACGAACGAGAAUGUCCUGAGAGGACUUUAAACUGCAAAUACUGCAAAGAACCUUUCCAUUUCAAGAACAUCAAGGCUCACGAUGAGAUCUGUCCAAAGUACCCUAUGAUUUGUGAAGGCUGCGCAAAGAAAAAGAUUCCCAGAGAAAAGUAUGUGGACCACAUCAAGUUCUGCAGUAAAUUUAGAGCACCUUGCAGAUUUCACGUCGUUGGCUGUGAUAUGUCUGUGGAGAAGGAGAAGACCCAUGACCAUGAGCGUGCAUGUUCCUACGAACACUUAAAUCUACUCUUGCAUUUCAUCAUGGGCAUCAAGCUGCAGCUCCACAGUGAGAAGACCAAGGUGGCAGAGCUGAGCCGGCGGUGCCAGGAACUGGAGCUGAAAGUGGGCACCUUCGAGAACAUUGUCUGCGUCCUCAACCGAGAGAUGGAGCGCUCCUCCACCACCAUCGAGGCCUACAACCGCCAGCAUCGCCUGGACCAGGACAAGGUGGAGAUCCUCAAUAACAAGGUGCGUCAGCUGGAGAGAACUGUGGGCCUGAGAGACCUGUCCAUUGUGGAGAUGGAGGGGAAUAUUCGGGAAAUGUCUGCAGCUACGUUUGAUGGUAUCUUUGUCUGGAAAAUCUCCGAUUUCACAAAGAAAAGACAGGACGCUGUUGCUGGCAGAGCCCCAGCUAUGUUCUCCCCAGCAUUUUUCACCAGCAAAUAUGGCUACAAGAUGUGCCUACGGAUUUAUCUGAAUGGGGACGGGACGGGACGGGCCAGUCACUUGUCUCUGUUCUUCGUGGUGAUGAGGGGACACAGUGACGCCCUCCUCAAGUGGCCCUUCAACCAGAAGGUGACCCUGAUGCUGCUGGAUCAGAAUAACCGAGAGCACAUCAUCGAUGCCUUCCGUCCCGACAUCUCCUCCUCCUCCUUCCAGAGGCCCGUCAGUGACAUGAACAUCGCCAGCGGCUGCCCACUCUUCUGCCCUCUUCCCAAACUGGACACCAAAAACUCCUACAUACGAGAUGAUACUAUAUUCAUCAAGGCUAUUGUUGACCUCACUGGCCUCUAG